GUUUCUGACGCACGACCAGCCCUCUCUUCGGUACAUCUUCUUCUGCCGGGCCUAGGACUUUCUGUCGGCCUGGAAGAGGAAGACAAGAGUAGCAGUAAUUGCAUCACAAACGGCUCAGGUCCACUCGACCGAGUGCUCUCGGUCAGACGACACCAUCUCGGAAGGCUUGUCUUCACUUGUUACGUUAAUAAGUUGGAACUCUGUGCUAGCGAUGACACCUCUAAAUGA